AUGGCGAGUGCAAUCACAGCCUGCUCUGCCUGGGUGCCGCAAGGAGCUGCCAAGGAAAACCCCGACAAGGUUGAGCUCUCGCAGGAUGACCUGCAGGCACUCAUCGAGAAUGCCAAGACCAAGCUGGGGGCUGCCGCAGAGACUGGCGCAGAGGACGCCGAGUCGGUAGACGAGGCCGAGAUGGCUGAUGCCAUGGCUGAGGGUGACGCUGAGGAUGGAGAAUGGGAGGAUGUAGAUGAUGAAGACGACGAGGAUGCCGGGGCUGCAGACAUGGAUGAGCCCGUGCCCCCCAUGUCGCCCGUUCCUGAUGACGAUGCCGACCUGGAAGCCUACAACAUGGCUGACUACGAUGAAGAGGAUGCUGCUGAGACGUUUGGUGGAGCUGCCGGCCUUGGUAACCUCACCUACUACGCCAACAACACACAAGACCCCUACAUUGUCAUGCAAGAGGAUGAUGAGGACGCGGAUGAUUUCCGGGUCAAGCCCACGGACAACUUUGUCGUCGUUGGCCGCUCCGAGGAAGCGCUCAGCCACAUCGAAGUUCACUUGUACAACGAGGAGGAGGAUUCAUUUUUUGUGCAUCAUGACAUCCUGCUGGACUCGUUCCCGCUGGCGCUCACCUGGGUGGGCUAUGACCCAGGAGCGGAGGAUCACAAGGGCAAUCUCAUUGCCGUGGGCACGAUGGAGAAGGAGAUUGAUCUUUGGGAUUUGGAUGUGAUUGAUGCGCCCGAGCCUGCCUUUAAGCUUGGUGGAAUCGAGCGCAGCAAGAAGGGCAAGAAGAAGGUUCGACCUCGCCGCAUUGGACACAAGAAAGAGGUUUUGAGCCUGGCUUGGAACCGCCUGGAGCCCACAUUGUUGGCCAGCAGCUCUGCUGACACCACCGUGCGGUUGUGGAGCCUGGAAGAUGGCACCUGCAUGCGCACCUAUGACCACCAUUCGGCCCCCGUGGAGAAUGUGGCCUGGAACCCUCAGCAGGCCACCGUCCUGCUCACGGGCGCCCACGAUCGCACCGCGGUGGCAUUUGACGUCCGCGCCCCCGAAGUCAGUCUUUGUUUUUGGUUUUGGGCCUGGUGGGCCUGUCGUGUUUUUCAGUGUUUUCUGUCGGGGUGCCUUGCUUUCGAGCCAUCAUGA